AUGGUGAAGACAAGAAAAUCAACACCUUCGAUUGUCAAAGAAAAACGGAAACAACAUGUCGCCUCUCGAGAGGAAGUGAUCGAGUUUCGCAAAAUUUACAAAAUCACACCGCCUCCAUAUGCGAUCAGUGAACUCAUUAAAGACAUGCAGAAAGAGUUUAUUAGUAGUAACGGACACAUAAAGCGUCCCCCAAAUCCCUUUUUGGUUUUUCGUAAAACAGCAAAUAAGAGAGCAAAAGAAUUUGGCCUAAAAUGUAAGGAGCAAAAUAAAUUCCAAACGAGAUUUUCGGAACUGUUAGGUAGAGUAUGGCAGGCAUUACCAAGAGAAGAGAAGGAUGGAUAUUAUAAAUUGGCAGAGGAAAUUAAAAUUGAACAUAAGAAGGAAUUUCCAAAUUAUGAAUUUCAUCCGAAGCGUGAUAGAUCGAUCUUUAGAAUCUAUAAUCAUACACAAAAAGAUGUCGCAGACAUCGAUGAAUCUUCCUCCGACAGUUCAAUUGAUCAAGAUCUCAAUCCUCAAGAUUUUGUAACAUAUUAUAUGAUAUUUGAUAGUUAA